ACCGUGGUAUUUAAACUUCACGGAUUGCCGGAAAAAAACUUGCAGUUUAUUUUUAUAUUAAUUAAAAAUAUGUCGUGUAUUGUUUUAGUAGGAGGUCUGAUAGGUUGUGGUAAAAGUACUCUAGUCAACUUCUUUCUCGAUCAUCAGAAUGAACUUUUAAAAAAUUCUUUCUAUAAUGAAAAUGAUGAAAGGAUAAACGAAUCGGAGGAAAUUAAAGCGUAUAAAAUUAUGUUUGACGAACUUUGUUCAAUAAAGGAACAGGCAGAAUUGAUGAAAUCUCUUAAAGGUUGGAAAAAUUUUCGAGUAGAUCUUCUAAUGGCUUCAGAAUACUUUAUAAGUUCUGUUUGUGGUUUGGAAUGUCAAGCUACAGGGCCACUAUCUGAACGUAGCCAAAAUUUGUAUAAUCAAAUACAAAAAUUAAAUAAUCCUUCCAGUACUGCAAGAGCAAUUUUCUUUGUGGAGGACAAUUUUUAUUACAGAAGCAUGAGAUAUGAAUGGUUUCAGAUAGCUAGAAGAAAUAAUAUCGGAUUUUGUGAGGUAUUUGUGCAGUGCCCUUUGAAUAUGGCAAUAUAUAGGAAUUCCACCAGAGGCUAUAAUAUUCCUGAACAGAAAAUUAAAAUGAUGCUGACUUGUAUGGAAUAUCCAAACCCUGUUAAAUAUAAAUGGGAAAAAUAUUCUCUGGUGUUUGAUUCCUCGACUGACUUGAAUUGCUCUGCACUAACACCAAUAAUCAAGUUGAUAGAAGAGGCUGCAAAUAAUCCUGCUGAGCUGAUGAUUAAUGAAGAGAAGAUUGAAGCUCAAAAAGUCUGUUCUAAGAAUGCUGUGCAUCAAGCAGACAACAUAUUAAGAAAACUGAUAUCAAAGAAAAUUUUAUAUUUUAAAGAAAAUAUCUCUGAUGAAGGAGAUUUAAAAUCUUUGGUUUCAUUUACUAUUGAUGCUAAACAAGAAUUGCUGAAUGGCAUUAGAAAUGGAAAAGUUAAUCUACCAGAAGAAGUUCUCGAAAAUUUAAAAGAAUUAGGUAUAGAAAAGGUGCAUCAGGAAUAUGAAGACAUACUAAAUGAAAUUUUUGAAAAUACUUUGCAAUGUAAAAUGGCAGAUGUUGACUUUUUAUCAAGAACUUUCAGUAAAACAUUAAAUCUGAAAAAUGGUUAUAUUUCUUGAUAUUUUAUUCUGCUAUUUUAAGUAAAUCUUCUAAGUCAAAAGAAUUAUUUUGUUACAUUAAAGUUGUAUCAAUAAGAUGUUAUACUUUAUAUUUUAGUAUAUAUUGCAUAUUUAUGUAUAUAGAUAUAUGUAGAGAAAGAAUUUCGAAAGGUUUUGACAAAUUCUAAAGGACAUUAGAGAUAGAAAGCAUGUAUAGUCUCUAGGCAGCUGAAAGAAAUGGACAAGCAGAAAUGUAUUUAUAUUGUGAAAUAUUUUCAUAUUGUUUGAUAUAAUCAGUUUUGAAAUUCUGUGAUUGUCAUUAUUUAAUGUGAUUUCUUCUUUUAUUGAUAUUGCAUUUAUUAAUGUGAAGUGUUCCUACUUAUAAGUUCCUCAUAAAACUGAUUUGUUUUGUUAUGAAAAAUUAUAAAAGCCAGUUGAAUUCCCUAAUUUUAUUUGAAAUCUUUUUAAUUGCUAUGCAUUUAUUUCCUAUUCUAUCACAAAAGCUUUUCACUCAUUAUUCUAUUUUUCAUAUAUAUUUAUUUUUAUUAUAUGUAGAAAAAUAUAAAUUAUUUAUGUGUAGAAAAGAAAAAAAAAGUAGGAUAUGACCUCAAAAUCCUUAGCAAUAAAAAAAAACAAGAAAGGAUGAAGACUAAAUGAUUAAGUAAAUCUAAAUAUCCUGAAUUUAUUUAUUUCUCUUAUUUUUUAACAUCUAAUUUACUUAAUAUAUAAAUUAUACAAACUCUUUAGUUGAACAAUCUCUUAAUUAGACUAUUAAUACAAUUUUCUAAGUCAUUUUUUUAAAUAGCAUAAAUGUAAUUUAUAAAUUUCCAGGUAAAAAAUUA